CUACCACAACGCACCUUUGUAAGCUAGGGUCUCAGAGGUGCUCUGUGGGCAAACUGGUCUAAAGAGCAGCCGCAUGUUGGAUUCCCUACAGGGGACACUGUUUGAAGGGGCCUUGGAGGCCCUUCCUACUGUGUCUAUGACAGAAGAGGGUGAAUGAAGGAAGCCGAGACGAGCCUGGCCCAAGGAGCUCUCUGUUAUCUGGUGGCCUGUCCAGCCAAAGAUAGUCUGCAAAUAACAGAACCCUACCCUCAGGCUUGAACAAACUGGGGAGACUCUCCUCAUACCCCAAAGUCUACAAGUGGGCAGGUUUUGCUGUAGAGUUAGACACAGCCCUAUCGGGGCGAGUGUUGCAUGGAUAUCUAGACUGCAUAUGUGGGUGUAGCAGCUCCAGUCAUCACAUAGGCAGGAAAGAAGUGGCUACUCUUAAUUUUGGGAAAGCAAAAGUUCCUUCCCCCCACAUUCCAUUGUAGCACUUUGCCCACAGCUGGUGACACGGUAAAGCGUGGACUGGGGUCUUUAACCUGUCUCAGCCUAAUGUGGCUGCCAUAGGAGGGACAGCCCUGUGCAAGCAGCUGGUGGAUUCUUUCUGAAACACCUGACAGCCUACCCACACUCCAGCAACACUGUCACCUCAGGCUGUCAGUCAGAGGCUCCACCAGAAGACACCAGUGGCUGUUAAGAUGGCGCCUGCCCUUCUUCCUCCCAUUCGGCCGAGCAUCCUGAGGUUCUGGAGACAUUUCCUGCAGCCCAGUGGCCUGCUGUACGUUCAUCAGGUCCACAGGGCAGACCCUCCCCUAACAGCAGCUUCUGGCUUCUGUGUCUGGUCUGAUACCUGCCUCAUCUCCACUCUGAAAGUGGUAGCUCUACCCCAGGCCUACAGUAUGCAGUCCCAGGAGAGUGGUGUUCACUACAGCAGGUGGGACAGCAGCAGCCGGGAUGAAGUCAGCGUGACUGCCAUGUCCAGCUCAGAGGAGGCCUCAUGCUAUAGGAGGAUCUCCCAGAAGCUGUGCUCUGGCAAGCUGGGAAUAGCCAUGAAGGUGCUGGGUGGAGUGGCCCUCUUCUGGAUCAUCUUCAUCUUGGGCUACAUCACUGGCUACUACGUGCACAAGUGCAAAUAAAUGCUGCCCCACUUCCACCCCUGGGGAUUCCCUCCCAUGUACACAGGCCAUUUGUACAGACACCCCUCCAUACAGACCCCAGGGCAUAGGAUGAUGCCAGUGUGCGCUGUCAACAUGGCUCCCCUUCUCCAGCACACAGGGCAGACCACGACUGAAACCCCAGCCCAGGCAGCCACCAGAAGCACACAGGGUAGACCCAAGACUGAACCCCCAGCCCAGGCUGGAGACUAGGCUCAGCUC